UUUACUUUGGGAUAAUGGCGGGUGAAGAAGCAAAGAAGGUCCCAGCGGUCCCUGAAAGCCUUCUGAAAAGGCGAAAGGCCUUUGCAGCUAUGAAGACCCGGCGCAUCAAGAAGAUGCUUGCUGAAAAGAAGGCCCGCAAGGUGCAAAGAAAGCUGAUCUACAAGAGGGCUGAAGCCUAUCAUAAGGAGUACAGGGAGAUGUACCGACGUGAGAUCCGUUUGUCCAGGAUGGCCCGUAAGGUUGGAAACUUCUAUGUCCCUGCUGAGCCUAAACUGGCCUUCGUCAUCAGGAUCAGAGGCAUCAACGGCGUCAGCCCCAAGGUUCGCAAGGUCCUGCAGCUACUGCGUCUCCGGCAGAUUUUCAACGGUGUCUUUGUCAAACUUAACAAGGCCUCCAUCAACAUGCUAAGGAUUGCUGAGCCCUACAUUGCAUGGGGCUAUCCCAAUCUCAAGUCUGUACGUGAGCUGAUCUACAAGCGUGGCUAUGGCAAGGUCAAGAAGCAGCGCAUUGCUCUCACAGACAAUGCCAUCAUUGAAAAAGCAUUGGGAAAAUUCGGGAUCAUCUGCGUUGAAGACUUGAUCCAUGAAAUCUACACAGUGGGGAAGAACUUCAAGGCAGCCAACAACUUCCUGUGGCCUUUCAAGCUGUCCUCCCCACGUGGAGGCAUGAACAAGAAGACCACACACUUUGUAGAGGGGGGUGAUGCUGGCAACAGGGAGGACCAGAUCAACAGGCUCAUCAGACGAAUGAACUGAGCAGACAGGCAUUUUGUUUGCUGGAAUCCUGUUGGUCUGUAUAGUAAAAUAAAACAGUUCCUAAAAAUUGUAAA